AUGCCAUGUCGGUGUGACAGAAGUGCGAUCGAUGUCUUUCUAUCUCAGGAGGACAUGGUCGAACACAGCUACCGUAUCUCGCCGUCCGAUCGAGCGGGCGCAUAUCCAAGUUCCACGGGCGCCAACUGGACCUACCCAUGCACAUGGCAUUGUAUGGUAGUGACAGUGACAUACGAUCCCCUAGACACGAGGAGGCUCGGCUACCAAGGCUGCAUACGAUUUGGCUAUACGAUGGCGUGCGUGGUCGAUUACGAAGUACCCAUAGUAAGCUGUGCGGCGUACGGAUACAGCAGGCCACCUCUGUUGAGUCUGAUCCCACCCAAGACGAAAAAGCGAUUGCAGGUGCCGAGAGGGCAAAACGGCAGGUCGAAGAGGGCGGCUUGUCUUGAUUCGUGA